UCCUUCUCCGACGUGUCAGUCUCCUUGUGUCCCGAGCUGAGCAGCAGACAGACAGACUGGUCAAUCCGCAGACAUGGCGCCCAAAGGCAGCAGCAAGCAGCAGUCGGAGGAAGAUCUCCUCCUCCAGGACUUCAGCAGAAACCUUUCCGCGAAGUCCACCGCUCUCUUCUACGGAAAUGCACUCAUCGUGUCUGCCAUCCCCAUCUGGCUGUUUUGGCGGAUUUGGCAUAUGGACCUUGUCCAGUCCGCAGUUCUGUACGCCGUGAUGACCCUGGUCAGCACCUACCUGGUGGCCUUCGCCUACAAGAACGUCAAGUUUGUUCUCAAACACAAAGUUGCCCAGAAACGUGAGGAUGCCGUUUCCAAGGAGGUAACCAGGAAGCUGUCCGAGGCAGACAACCGCAAGAUGUCCCGCAAGGAGAAAGACGAGAGGAUCCUGUGGAAGAAGAAUGAGGUCGCCGACUACGAGGCCACCACCUUCUCCAUCUUCUACAACAACACUCUGUUCCUGGUGCUCGUCAUCGUCGCCUCCUUCUUCUUGCUCAGGAACUUCAACCCUUCUGUCAACUACAUCCUGUCCAUCAGUGCCUCCUCAGGACUCAUCGCUCUGCUGUCCACAGGCUCCAAGUAGACGAGGAAGAAAAAGGGAAAUAAAAGCUGGAGGGAUGGGUUUAGUUAGGAGGGGAACAUGUGGGUUAAAGAUGGGUAUACACUUUGUUUUUCACUUAAGUUAGGAUCCGGGUUUAAAGGACCGAAAUAACACAUUUCAACUUCAUGAAAUUCAUGAUCAAAUGUCUGAGGUGUGUUUCUUCAGGUCUUCUUUUUGUAACAAAUAAAGCAACCAGGUCUACUUUU